AUGACGUCUUUUCAAACUUUCCAUGCUGGCGAAGCUUAUGUUAACCUGCGGAGAGACCUCGACUGGGAAUUGCUGACGCCCCACGCCCGGGCCGUGCUGCAAAAAUGUCUAAACAACCGGGAAGGGAAACCACCAGCCACAAUCCACCCUAACGAAGCUCUAGAAGCGUCGUCAUCCACAUCAGCGUACUUUUAUUCGUGGCUACAGCGUUUGUGCUGCGACGCGACACCAGCCACAGCGGUCGUAGAGAACGGCCUCAUCUGCGAUCGCGCUUUCGCUGGAGGCCGGCUGUUGUCGUAUCGCCACCGCACCCAUUUGAUCAUCGGCGGCAGCGCGGCACCAUCACCCCAUGCAGCACCCCAUCGGCCCUCCCGCCGGCCGCUCUCCAACGCGAUGGAAGCCGAGGACUACGACACGGACGAUGACGCUGACGUUGACAAUUGCUGCUCUGAGCAGCGGCAAGGCUCCUUUGCCCGAUCACGGUAUGGCAGCGGUGCUGCUACUGCCAUCACCGCGACUGCUGCUCCUGCUACAGCUCAGGGCUGUGCGGCUGUAGAGUACGGCAGAUGCAUCCUGGUUCAUGGGGGCAUCUCACCAGCUGGGGAGGCCACCGACGAGCUGCGUGCCUUUGUACUGCAGCCUGACCCAAAUCGUCCCGGCGAAUACGACAUGUACGGCAGGAUGGGCGCCUGUGAGCUGCUCGACGAUCAGUGCCCCCUCGGAUCGUCGGCGGCGCCGCCGCCUUACCACGACGAUGCCGUCGCCAUGGCUGAUGACACAUUGCCGUACAUUUACGUGUACGGCGCGCGGGAGCGCAGCUGCGGUGCCGCCGCGUUGGGCGGCGGCUCAUUCGUGCCGUCACUGCACCGCGUCUGUAUUGAUGGCGGCGGCGGCGGAGCCGCCGCCGCCGCGGGUCGUUGGGAGACGGUUGAGCUUCUCGGUACGGCACGACUCCACGUGGCACGUCGGGCGCUGGGUACGGCAUCAGGCGGGACGGUAACGCUGGUGGGGGGUGUGCGUGACGCGAGGCGAGGUGUGGAGCCCCAGGUCCAGGUCGUUGCGGUUGCGGCUCCUUCCAAAGUACAGGAUCAGAGACGUAGGAUAAGCCCCACGUUGUGCUAUCACGAAUACGCGGCCGCGGCCCGGGCGAGGUGUCGUCGGGUUUUGGUGGAGCGGCUGCGGAAAGUGGCGCCUCGAGAGAUCGGUUUCGCCCGCCCCAGGACAGCGGCUGCGGCUGGACGAUAUGAUGGUGUCGGUGGCGGCGACGGCGACGGAGGCGGCGAGGCUACGGCUGCCCGUACAACGGUGGUGGCGGCGGCGGCGGCGGCGCGGCCCUGCAAGGCGCUUGCGGCCGCUUUGUCGCUUUACUCUAGGAGUGGGCUCUUUGAUGACUUUUUUGAGGAGCUUGAUGGUGAUGAGGAUGAAGCGCACAACGGUGGCAUCGGCGGCGGCGGCGGCGGCGGCACUACCACCGGCCAUGGCGGCGGCGGUGUAUGUACGGGUAUGACGAUACCCGGCCACGAUCCCCUGGCUGUAGCUGCAGUAGUGGCAUGGGUGAUGGGCCGUACACAUGUACGGGCGGAUUGGGAGCCGCGUUUCCUGCUACAGGUCUUCAGGAUGGCGCACUGCUGGGAGCUCGUGGCCCUCCAGCGCGAGGUGGCCGCACUCACCGCCAGACUGGCGCCGCUGCUGCCCCUGGAGCAACUGCCCGCAGCACUGGGACUGGCGGCAUCCUCCUGCCGGGUGGAUGCCGGCAAUAUGGAGGAGGUGAUGGAGGCGGUGGUCACAGCGCUAGCAGCAGAAGAUAAGAAAGAAACAGCCUCCGUCGGGCCCGGCAGGGCCCCCGGCGGUGAUGGCGAUGUCGCGGCGUCCUUGCUUUCCCUGCAACAGGCGAGCGUGUCCGGUGUCGAUGUGCCUGCUGACGUGUUACGGUGGUUCGGUAUCACGGAGCUGCUGUUCCGGGCCAUGCGGUGGUGGCGGCGGAGACUGGCUACCACCCCCCGGGAUGACUUCACUCUGGACCAGCUGCUGCGGCUGAUGGACGACCUGCAGGAUACAGCAAAGCUCAUUUGUCGCCUGCUGGCACUGAUGAUGAGUACACACACCAUUCCAAUUAUAUCAUCCGGGCACAUCGUCACUUGCACGAAUGUAUGUAUCUAUCUAUCUAUCUAUCUAUGUAUCUAUCUAUGUAUCUAUCUAUCUAUCUAG